CUAUAGGGUCGAAAAAUUCAAACACGUAGAAUUUUAUAUAGAAAUGAUGUUUCUACCUGAAAAAUAGAAAACAAAAGAAAAAGAAAAAUGUAAUUUUAUAAUCUGUCUUGCAUACAUUUCUGCACAAACUCUGAUUAUAUAUAAUCAUUGCUUGCUUCUUUACAAAUUCGACUCAUAAAGACUCCAUUCAUUUUUAACUAAUUCUCUCUCUCUUUACUCUUCAGAAUCCCACAGUUUCAAAGCUCUCUCAGGUCCCUCUUUCUCUUUCUCUUCAUUUUCAUGCAAUAUAUUGAGGAUAAGAAUGCGGGUAAAGGAAAUGCACCCUUUGUGCUGCAUAACGUUGGAGAGUCAAGGAAUUGGGAACGGUUCGCCGGAGCCGAUGCUAUUGAGAACUGGGUCGGCGGUGGCGAACUCCAGAGGUGGAUCUGAAGUCAAUGCCGGAGGAUCUCAAGUCAACAGCAGUAGCACCACAACGAGUGUGGCUGGGAUCCUCUACAAAUGGACGAACUACGGCAAAGGGUGGCGAUCCCGGUGGUUUACCCUACGCAGCAACGGCGUACUGUCAUACUCAAAAACACGCCGCCCCGACAUAGUCUCCGGCGAUGACGUCAUUCUCAUCGGCCACGUCAAGCCACCUACUAGUCGUAAACGCAGCAAAGCCGUUGGCACCGUGCAUUUAAAGAUCUCGUCAUUUCGUGAGAGUAAAUCAGAUGAUAGGCGAUUUUACUUAUUUACGGCUACAAAGACACUUCAUUUACGGACUAAUACAAACAAAGAAAGAGCGGCUUGGAUACGUGCUUUGAUUUCAACAAGAAGCCUCUUUUCCUUGAUACCACUGAAUGACAAUAUCCCCAUUCUUACUAGAGAUUUAUCAGUAUCGACUGAAAGGCUAAAGGAACGCUUGCUUGAAGAGGGAAUUGGCGAGGGACUUGUCAAGGAUUGCGAGCAGAUCAUGCUCUCAGAAUUUUCAGAAAUACAGGGACAGUAUCAAGUUCUUUGCGAUGAGCGCUCCAAUUUGCUGGACACAUUAAGACAGUUAGAGGCAGCGAAUAUUGAAGCUGAAGCCUCUGGAAUUAAUGAUGGUGAAUACCAAUUGAUGAAGCAAGAAUUUUCGAAUCUCUCACGUGGAAAAAACAUUGAAUGGAGCACUACAGAAUCAUCAGAUGACGUUGAAAAACAAGACCUUGAGGAAGCUUCAGAUGAAGAGGAAACUCACUUUUUUGACACAAAUGAGUAUUUUUCUGAACCAACUAUUAGUUGUGAAUCAGUAGGUGUAGAUCACACGGAUAAUGAUCCAAGAUUGAAAAACCAAACCAAUGACUUGAACAAGGCAGAUGCAAAGAAAAGUGUAUUUGCUUGUAGAUACCCACAAGUCGAAAGACGAAAUCGGCUACCAGAUCCUGUUGACAAAGAGAAAGGGGUUAGUCUGUGGUCUAUGAUCAAAGAUAACAUUGGAAAAGAUUUGAGCAGAGUAUGUCUCCCUGUAUAUUUUAACGAACCAUUGUCAUCCCUGCAAAAGUGUUUUGAAGACUUCGAGUACUCUUAUCUUUUGGAUCAGGCAUAUGAGCAUGGGAAAGCGGGAAACAGCCUUCAGAGAAUUUUGUAUGUUGCAGCUUUUGCUGUUUCUGGAUAUGCUUCAUCAGAAGGCAGACACUGUAAACCCUUCAACCCUUUAUUGGGUGAGACUUAUGAAGCUGAUUAUCCUGAAAAAGGAGUACGUUUUUUCUCAGAGAAGGUCAGUCACCACCCUACACUCAUAGCCUGUCAUUGUGAAGGUAAAGGCUGGAAAUUCUGGGGUGACAGUAACCUUAGAUCAAAAUUUUGGGGGAGAUCUAUUCAACUUGAUCCAGUCGGAACUCUGACUUUAGAGUUUGAUGAUGGGGAGAUAUUCCAGUGGAACAAGGUGUGUGCAACCUGUCUUUAUCACGAGUAA